AUGGAGAGACGCAAAGCAAGUCCUGAGCAAUUGAAUAUGCUUCUGCAGUUUUUGGAGCAAGACAAAGAACUGGCUGUAGGGAAAUUUACAGGACUAGAGGGCAGGAUACGCCAAACAAACGCUUGGAUCAAGAUUACGGAAAAACUUAAUGCGAAUUCAGGUUUUGGCUCCGGUGCUAUAAAGACUCCUGAUAAAUGGCAACAAACAUGGAGAGACUGGAAAUCGAAUGUGAAGAAAAAAGCAUUCAAAAUCCGUAAAAAUCGUUUUACACCAGGUUGUAAUUCAAAUGCUCAACUGACAGAAGCUGAAGAGAAGAUAUUGAGACUGAUCUGCACUAAUACUUCUGUAUUUGGGUUAUCAGGAGUACCUGAAACUACUAUCAAUGGAAACACUAUGGUGUCAGCUCCAAGCAAUGCAACAGCUGAUGAUCUAUGUGGAGCUGAUCCAACAAGUACAAUGAAAUGGUCAACAGACCACCAUUUUAAUCCAACAGAGUUAGAAAUGAGCCUUGAAGGGGGAGUGGUAAUGGAUCCUGACACAGCUCUUGGAUCAAAUGAGGUAUCUUCAGCCCCUACUGCUAGUAAACCAUUGUGGAAGAGGAAUAGACCUGUUCGACUUGUUCACGAUAGACUUUUAAAUCUAGAAGAAGAGAGAAUAAGAAUUGAAAAACAGAAGCUACUUGAGAAAAAAAGGUGCAACAAUAUUAGACUGAAAAUGGAGAAAGAUAGAAUUGAGAUUGAGAGACACAGAAAUGUCUUAUUGGAAAAGCUAUUAGUUGCUGUAGAAGCUGUGGCACAUCGACAAUAAUAUUGAAUCAAUUUAUUGUGAAUGCUGAUUGAAUUUGGAUCCACGCAGUUUCACGGACAAUUUAAAAGUGUUAUAUUUUAGAGAAAAAUUAUUGUUUCCGAUGCGGAGUCACGACUCCAGCUCUUCUGCCGAAAUAAAAAAAAACAUACAAUUUUGUAGAAACAAACACUUGACGAAAUCUCAAGCAGGCUGAAUAAAAUUAUAUUAAAGUAGUUUUGAAGU